UCACAACGUUUUAUUUUCCUUUACCGGACGCUGGCGCUGAUGGGAUACGUAGUCGAAAAUAUACAUAGCCCAGCAUGCUUUGAAGAUAGAUACAGUAUAUAAACUACAUUACCCAGAAUUCUGUUGGUCACGUUAUGUUGACGUGUAUUUUGUUGGCAGACAGAGAAAUUUCUCAUUCGGGUCACUCAAUAGUCAAACCCGUACAUUGCUUCACCGUAAAUUGUACAAUUUCACCGACAUUUUGUAACUUUUAAGCGGCGGGUGACUUCGCAACACUGUGCCACCAUGGCCGGAGAGAUGUCCAUGAUAGGUUCGGUCAUUCUGGCUCUGUUUCUUGCCGGUUAUCUGGGCCAACAGUACUUGCCACCCCCUAAACCCAAAGUCAUUGGCUUGGAUUUGGGUACCACGUUUUGCUCCGUCGGUGUCUUCCAUCCGGGCAGCGGAGAGGUGGAGGUGAUCGCGGAUGAGGAGGGAAGGAAGAGCAUCCCUAGCGCCGUCUCUUUUACCACCACUGCAGUUCUGGCCGGACACGACGCCGUGGAUCUGGCCGACAGUAACCCUCAAAACACCAUCUACGACGCCAAGAGGUUCAUAGGGAAGAUAUUUGAGCCAGAGGUCUUGGAGCAGGAGAGCGUUAGAUACCCGUUUAAGGUUUUGAACAACAAUGGAAGCGCAGAGUUUGUGAUUUCAACCAACCAUACCUUCACCGUAAGCCCGGAGUUCAUCGGCUCCAGACUGCUGCUGAGGAUGAGGAAGAUGGCCGAGGGUCAGCUGGGGGUUCCCAUCCAGAAGGCCGUCAUCUCCGUGCCCGCAGAGUUCGACGAGAGACAGCGGAACUACACAGUCAGAGCUGCUCAGCUGGCAGGUCUGGAGGUCCUGCGCGUCAUCAACGAGCCCACCGCGGCCGCCAUGGCCUACGGCCUGCACAAGGUGGACGUGUUUAACGUGCUGGUGGUGGACCUCGGCGGAGGGACUCUGGACGUGUCUCUGCUCAACAAACAGGGAGGCAUGUUUCUCACCAGGGCAAUGGCAGGAAACAACAAGCUGGGAGGGCAAGACUUCAGCCAAAGGCUGCUACAGUUCACCGCGGAGCAAGUGCGGCAGCAGUUUGGUGUAGCACCCACCGUAAAGGAGGACAUUCACCGCCUCCGGCUGGCAGUGGAAGCUGCCAAGCUCAACCUCACCCUCCACCCCUCGGCCACCAUCAGGGUGCCACUGCACCUGCACGCCGCCGGAGACGGCGCCGAGCCCCCCGCGGCCUCCCCGGUCCUCUUCCAGGCCACAGUCACCCGCCAACUGUUCGAGGAGCUCAACGAGGACCUCUUCCAGAAGAUCCUGGUCCCCGUCAAAACCGUGUUAGCGGAAGGCCACCUGGAGAAAGAGGAGGUGGACGAAAUCGUGCUGGUCGGAGGGUCCACCCGGAUACCGCGGAUCAGGAGGCUCAUCAGCGAGUUCUUCGGGAAGGAGCCCAACACGUCGGUGGACCCCGACCUGGCGGUGGUCACGGGCGUGGCCAUUCAGGCCGGCAUCAUGGGCGGCUCGUGGCCGCUGCAAGUGAGCGCCAUAGAAAUCCCCAACAGACACCUGCGCAAGACGAACUUCAGCUAGUCCCCAAUCUGGACGUAAAUGGGCGUAAUUCUGCUCAUUCCCGACUGCGUCUCACCGUCAUUAUGCAAUUAAGGCAGCGCCCUCCGACAGGGGAGAGGCACACGGCGCAGAGCACAGCCAUCUAAAUGUUUACAUCUCACCUUUCUGUGCUUCCUCUUCGGCUGUGAAAGGUUGCCGUAACUGAAGGAAGAAAAAACAAACAAACUUACCUGUGUGAUGAAAUGACCGUGACAUCAGCACAACUUCUGCUCUACAUUUCGAAUGUUCCGGCAGAAUAAUCCCCAAUAGCAUCUCAUGUGGGCCAGACCUGCAGACGCCCAAUUCAGGGAAUAGCCUUUCUAGUUUGUUUCGAGACUGGCCAGUACGUGUUUAGCUAUUUAUUUAUUUAUAAUGGUGUGGUCGAAUGUGGUCCCAUGCUGUGUGCCCGUGCCUUUUCAGAAAAUAUACGUCACAGGCCCUUAUCCAUCUUCUGCAUCAUCAGUGAAAAUGCAGACUGGAUUAUUUGCCUCAGAUAUACUCACUGUUGCACUUUGACGACCUCUGCUCGUGGGCCAGCCUUUUUUUUUUGCCGUUUCUUUCUUGUGCAAUAUUCGGUCUGUAUUCAAAUGGCAAUGACUUGUAGGGCCAGAGUCCUACAAAAGGACCAAAGUGUUUCUAAUCAGUGCCUUGUUUGUUGAACAAAUGUUACUGUCACGUCUGUGUCUUCUUUUCUUUUACUUUCUUUAAGGCGCCUGCUGUCGGCGUUGCGGUUGUUGCUCUCCCUAUGUAUCCCACCGUUUUGUUUCCCCAGAAAAUUUAAGACUUCUGCCUCUGCCAGUCUCAGCCAAGAGCUCAAAUGGCAUCACAUUCCCUUUUCAUUUUUGCCAAACAGUUUCUUAACUGCCACUGUUAGAUGUGCCGCAGAGCCUCCUGGAAAGAUACUGUAACUAAAGGUUCGGAUCCCUUGGAGCCAUUCCACAUUGUAAGACUGAAAUUAUGUGCUUUUCAGCCAAUUAAAUUCCAUCAAUCAACUUC